GAGGAAGCGUAGCAACCAGCGCCUCAGAACAGGCUUAAGACAGCACCGAAUGAGGGGGAAAGGGAAAUGCCGACCAAUUGCGCCGCGGCGGGCUGUGCUACUACCUACAACAAGCACAUUAACAUCAGCUUCCACAGGUUUCCUUUGGAUCCUAAAAGAAGAAAAGAAUGGGUUCGCCUGCUUAGGCGCAAAAAUUUUGUGCCAGGAAAACACACUUUUCUUUGUUCAAAGCACUUUGAAGCCUCCUGUUUUGACUUAACAGGACAAACUCGACGACUUAAAAUGGAUGCUGUUCCAACCAUUUUUGAUUUUUGUACCCAUUUAAAGUCUAUGAAACUCAAGUCAAGGAAUCUUUUGAAGAAAAACAACAAUUGUACCCCAACAGGACCAUCUAAUUUAAAAUCAAACAUUAGUAGUCAGCAAGUACUACUUGAACAUAGUUAUGCUUUUAGGAAUCCUAUGGAGGCAAAAAAGAGGAUAAUUAAACUGGAAAAAGAAAUAGCAAGCUUAAGAAAGAAAAUGAAAACUUGCUUACAAAAAGAACGCAGAGCAACACGAAGAUGGAUCAAAGCCACUUGCUUGGUGAAGAAUCUGGAAGCAAAUAACAUAUUACCUAAAGGCACAUCAGAACACAUUUUACCAACUGCCUUAAGCAGUCUUCCUUUGGAAGAUUUCAAGAUUCUUGAACCUGAUCAACAAGAUAAAACAUUACCAAUUCUAUAAAACAUUCCUUUAAGAUUAGCCCACACAGAACUUGAUGCCCAUCCUUCAUUCUAUUCAAAGGUAAAGAUAUUUAAGGAAAUUAUGCCAAAAUUGGGUAUUUAAUAAAGUUCUACAUGAAGUAACAUUAUUACUGUAUAACUUAUGAAGACUAGAUUAUAAAUGGAAACUUUCUAUGAAACUUUUAUUUGAAAAAGAAUGGAAGUGCCUUACAUGAGAAUUACGUACUUAAAAAUUUUGUUAGAAAGUUGUAUGUUUGCAAGGUGUUUUGCAUUUUUGUCUUUUAAAACUACUUUUAAAGAACUGUCUAUGACAAUAUGUUUAAGUUCUAUUAGAAGGAAAUUUGUUUUUCAUGUACCAAUGUUGGGACAUUACAUUCUAAAUAGGAUGCUAAGUAAGAAUUAGCCAACAUUAAAUAUGACUUUAAAACUGCUGGGGUUUGUGUUAAUUGAAUUAUUAUUGGCACUGUGAUUUGGAAAUUAUUAUAGGAAAAAAAUCUGAGGUGUACAGGGCAAGUUGUGUUAUUUAAACUUUCUGUAUCUGCUCACCAAAUGUGACAAAAGUCAAGGCAUCCUUCAUGAAAAUAUUAGCUUUUAAGAUAGAUUAUAAAAUAUUUUGAAAAUAAUAUUUUGAAUGUGAAGUACUCUUGAAUCAUCCAAACAAGGUAAGGUCUCAAGUUUCUCAGACUAGAAAAACUGGUAGCCAGUUAUAUGUUGUGAAAUAACGUAGACAUUGUGACCUAGCUUUUACCUUAAACAAAAAGAUAAAUUUAUACUAAUUUUUUUCAUAAUAAAAAUAUUACAUUUUCAAUUCCAAAAUUGAUGUGUUAAUUAGGCAAUGUGAUACAAAGUUCCAUGUUAGGAAUACCUCCUCUACCCCCCCAUGUAUGUUGAUACCAAAACUUGUAAGCUCUUUUUUCUCCCAUAAGCCCACAUUAGGAUUUAAUCACAGAAAAGUACCUACCAUAUUAUAUCUUCACAACUUAUAACUUAAAAUGGAAUCAAUUUAUUGUACAUACCAGCUUGCUUUUAUCUCCUUUUUUAGCAACUGCAUAAGGGAUGUGAAAUGUAUUUUCUAUAAAAAUACAUGUGUCUGAUAAAGCUAUGAAAAUGCUAUUUAUUUUACAAAAUAGAAUAUGAGAACUAUGAUAGUUGCCACUUGAAAUAAAUAUCACCAGAUAAAUUUUUAAUUUUAGUAAGAAUCCUUUCCUUCAAACAACUUUGGGCAAAUCACAUUAAAUUUAUUAAUGUGUAAUCAAGUUAUUCAAUCUUAGUUCAAGCUUCUGACACUACCAUAUGAAAGUAGCAUGCAUGUAGCUAACCAUAAUUGUUAUACAUUUUUCCUGUAGGUAAUGGCUAUUUUAUUUUAUAAAGUAAUUUCGGGGGGGGGUUGGGUUGGGUUUUGUUUUGUUUCGGUUUGGUUUUGAUGACAUUUGCUUGGCUCGUAGCAAUAGUCUUUUUACAGUAUUAGCACCCUUUCUUUCAGUAAGGAAUGGCUCCCAACAACUAGAUUUACAAAGGCAAAGGUAAGAAAAGUCUAUGUUCGUUAUCAUGAGGCACUUAAAAAUCUAUGAAAAUCCUUUUGUGAAUAUUAUAAACCUUGUUAGUCAUUUUAUCUUAAAUAUUGGACACAGCUCCUUGAAAUUGUCAUUCCAUGUUUUUUUUCUAAUAUGGUUUCAAAUAUCUCUUCACUUACUGACCAUAGCUUUAUACCUCAAAAUAAGCUGGGCAAAUAAUCAUCUAAACAUAAACUGUAUUCCAAGUAUAAACUCUCAUGUGGUUCAUCACCCCUCCCCAAUAUAAAACAAAAUACUAAUUAAUGCAGGCUAGUUCCCAUCUACAAUUUUAUUUUGAUAUCAAUAUAACAUUUUAAAAAUCACAAAAAUAAAACAUAAACUACAAGCUUUUGGCAAAGUUAACUAGACUUCAUUCAUUAUUAUUUAAGACUACUGAAUAAACUACCACUCAGUAAUUUUAUUUUAUUUUUUUAUUUUUUUUUUAAAGAUUUUAUUUAUUUACUUGAGAGAGCGAGAAUGAGAGACGGAGAGAGAGCACAUGAGAA